AUGAACUUACAAGAUCAGAUCUAAUAAGAAAUUACUAACUAUUUUCCCAAACUUACAUAAUACUUACAAGAAUUAGGACAAUCAACAUUAACAAUCUAAUAACCAAACAAUGCCUUAAAGGGUAUUCAAAUUAUCAUAUCAGUCCUUGAUGAAUUAUUCGGAAUUCUAUAAGAAAUAAACUGCCAAUAUGCCUAAUUAGAAUAAUAGUUAUAAAAGUAUGAAGGAGAGUGCAGAUCUCAUAUCAGAACAGAAUAGAGAUUGAAAAUUCAUUGCGAAAACAUCCAAGAACUCUAUGAAUAACAACUGGUAAUAGAAAAAGAUUAUAAAGCUUAAAUCUUGAGUUACUAAAAGGAGAUUACAUAGAUGAAGAAAGAUCUCGAAGAUGCCAAAUAUUAGAAGAAUCAGUAAUUGUAACAAAAAACUCAAUCAAUUAUCGAUAAAAUUAUUUUAGAUCAAUAGAAAUAGACCAUUCAAUACGAUUCUAAAUCCAGAUCAAAUACAUUCCACAACAAUUUCAUGAAUCUCAAUUAAUAAAAAUAACAUAUCUCUGUUAAAUCUAAUACUCGAAAGAAUAGAUUGAUUACUGAAUACUAAGAUUUUUAAACAAAUUCCAAAUAGUCAAUUGAAGAAAAACAAUAUUCAUCUCUCGAGAAAAUUUAGGAAUUAGCAACUCUGUACUCUCGACCAAAAUCUAGAUUAUAAGAUAAUAGCAACAAGAAAUCUGUAACUUUGCACGUUGCUUCAAUUAAAGCCAAAUAAGUAAAGAAAUUUUGA